AUGACGCGGUUAUGGUUCCGUGCAACCCCAUCAGCAGAACACAAGUCUUGUCAUACACAUUGGCUAUUUAGGAAUGGAACGUUGAUCAGUAGCCUUAAACCUAAUCGUUUUGGAAAGGUGAAAACAAUAUUCAGUUGGCUUCGGUGCAGCAAGGAAAAACUAUCUGUAUGGAAGUUCCUCAGAUGUGCCCGCAACCGUUGUAAAUCUAAAUGGUAUCAUUUCUCCCUCGGAGAGCACGUGUGCGCUAACUGUUAUGAAUUCUUUAGUAAGGAAACCCCAAUCAAUAGAUCUCAGUCUGUGAAUUGUGUUUGGCGUCAUAGGAUGAGUUCAUGGCGCCGGGACUGGCUAAAGAAGUCAAGUCGGUUAGGCCGUCGUCGAACUUUGAGCGCAGCCAACUUUCUGGCGUCAAAUUUAUUACCCUGGUGGUUAAAGUGUAACAAGUGUGUGAAGAUGUCGAACAACCCUUGUUCUUGGCCAGUGGAUCAGCGCGCCAAAAUCGUUAUUGAUAAACCUCAUGACUUUUUGGCAAGUAUGAAAACUCACGCUUGGUUGCAAGCAUCGCCUGCUGUAGAAGUUUCCUCAUUCUAUGGUGUAGACUUGGUUGGUUUGUCUCCUGAUCCUUUACCUGGUUCUGCUGUUGAUGACGAGAAACCAGCUCCCUCAAACAGUCCUUUUAAAGUGUUUGAAGAAGAUGGAGUAUUUUCUCCAGUCAACUUGGAUACCUGGGAAAGAUUUGCAUUUUCGAGAUGUCCGAUCUGUCCUAGUAACUCUGGCAAGGUAUCACCCAAUGACUUGAUGCAUCCAUUACUUGGUCUUCGGGCAAAACCUCAAAUGAUUAAGCCAUUUUAUUUUCCACUGCGAUGUUUUCCAACACUUUACCUAGCUAUUCGAAAUCUAGUUCUUUGUUUAUGGUUUCAUAAUCCUAAGCGUCUGCUAACUAGUCGGUUUGCAGCUGAUCACUGUUUUGUUCGCGGUUUACUACGAAUAGUUCUAUGCGAGCAUUGGAUACCCCAUUUGAUCGAAGAGUUAACAUGUCGUGGGCUUAUCAAUAUUGGUUUUUGUCAAACGAAUUCGCUUAACAAAGAAACUGGGAAUGAACAGGUUAAUGGAAUGGUCUCUGGUGUAUCUGGUGAAUCUAUUCCUGAUCAGUUCCAACUAAGAUUGAUUGGGGAUUCAGACUUAACUGCCGCAGUAGCUAUCCGACAGAUAUGGAAUGCAUUUCAUGUACGUUACUUACGGGUAUCUGGUAAACCUGUUCAACACAGUCGAUCUACUCUUUCUGUAAAACUAAUAUCUCUUCUAAAAUCUGAAUAUGAAACACAUAAUUCAAUGAAUAAACUGACCGAAUUAAUGCUUCAGUUUGCUGCUUCACAAAAUGAUGAACAAACUGAUGAAGAUCGAUUGAAAAAGCAUGCUCAUUCUGAUGUAGAUAUCAAGCCAACGCUUGAUAUGUUGGAGGAGCACUGCAAAUACUCUCCAACUCUGCGUAUUCCAUCUCUAUCUUCUGUACAAAUCAGUGAAAAUAGGCACAUUUCAAGCUUAUUCGUACCUUUGCAUUCAUGGUCAGAUCGUAUUUAUUGUUAUCCACAUCAUCCAGUGUCGAUAUUUGCUUGGCAAACUGGGUUAGAAUUACAUCCUGUCCCCAGCUGCUUACUCUUGAAGUCAAAUAGAUUAUUAAAUCCUGCUUCUGAUGAGAAAUUGUUAUGUAUCCCAUCUAAUCAGUCUGUUCGUAUAGAAUUUCAUGUUGAAGCUGUCCUGGAUUUGGUUACUCAGAUUUACCCUAAGAGAACAAAACCCAAAGAACAAAAAUUAAACAUAAAGAUAGACGAGGAUCAUGAAAAGAACGAACAGAAGCCAGUAACUGGUGAAUCACUAGACUGCACGUCCUCAGUCCAAGCCUGUUGGGAUGAUAUGGAAUCAGAGGUCAGAAAACAGCUAAUUGAUUUAAGUGGGAAUCCAAUUGAACAAAAUCUAACUGAAUAUUUCUUAGCUUCUGUCGAAUAUGAUUUAACGGAACCGCUUACGACAAAUUCUACAGAUUCCAAUCGUUUUGCAUUAUCAAACGCAUGUGCAUCCCAAUACUCACAGCAUACAGCACGUUUAGACCGAAUACCAGUGUGUUAUUUCGGUGAAGCAACGGCAGACAUAAAUCAACGAUGUUUCUUAGAUUUAAAUAAUGAGAAUUCGUCUGCAUACACGUCAUGUGUUCUUCGCACUCCUACAAGUAUGAGUUAUUCAACUGAUCGAGAAGUGUUGCAAGGUCCUAUAAAUUAUCUGUUUCAUUGUUUAACAAAAGAGAUUACGAACUGUGAUGCUGAGGCAAAAACAUCUUAUAAGCCAGACGAAAUCAUUUCCAUAACCUUCGAAGGCGACAAAAUAUGCCCUAAACUACUUUCAGACGAUGAUAUCAUGGAUGUUGACACUUUAAUGCAUAUUACUUCAACUCGACUAAAGUCUUCAAUAUACAGUAAUGGUAAUCAUAUCAAAAAGGAAGAUGAAGAAAGUUCAAAAAAGAUCCGUUUAAAUUCUGUUCAUGGAUUUGAGAAUGUCGACUGGGUAAAGAACAUUUAAAGUUUUGAAGCUUUUUGCAUAUACUCGCAUGAUUGUUUUUAGUAAUCAUAAUAAUAGGGAACAUUUUAAUAAGUAGUUGCACUUAGUUAACUGUAUCGCUAGAUGACUACUAUUGACGCGGUUAAUAGUUGAUGAGUUUCAUAUGGGAUACUACAGCUUUCAUUUGCCAAACCGCUGUCUAAGUACUAAUCUGCCAGUUGAAUUGUAAAUAGGCUACACCGCAGUCGUCUCUGUCCUACUGUAC